UUCUUCGGCAGCAGAGAAGACGAAGAAGAAGGGGAAUUUAAUAAUCUUUUUAGCAUCUUACUACUAUUUAUUUGAUUGGGUUUCUUCUCAACUUCGAUACAGAUUACAUAUAACAAACAAUAUAUAUAUAGUGUGUGUUGUGUGUGUGGGAAAGAGGGAGAUAUAGGGGGACGGGCAUGGGUUGUUUCUUUUGCUCUGGGGAAGAUUCUUCCGCGAAAAGAUCACCAAAGAAUAACAGAGGGAACAACACCCAGAAUGAUCAAUCACACCCGUCUUCUGAUAAGUCCAAAUCGGCUCCACAAGUGAAGAAGGAUAAUGGUCAGGAAGCUAAUCAACCAUCGGUUGCGAAUGAAUGUGAGGAUAAAAGUAAGUCCACCAACAAGCAAGUGUCUAAAAAAACUAAGGCACGAACCUUCACAUUUGCUCAAUUGGUGGCUGCCACCAAUAACUUUAAGGCUGCUUAUUUCUUGGGUGAAGGUGGAUUUGGCAAGGUUUAUAAAGGGAAGUUAGCAGACAGUGAUCAGAUUGUUGCCAUUAAACAAUUGGAUCCUGAUGGGGGUCAAGGGAUUAGGGAAUUUGUUGUUGAAGUCUUGAUGUUAAGCAUGGCUGAUCAUCCAAAUCUGGUGAAAUUGAUUGGUUAUUGUGCUGAAGCGGAGCAAAGGUUAUUAGUAUAUGAGUACAUGCCAUUAGGUUCUUUGGAAGACCAUUUGCACGGUCGACGUCCCAACAGGAAACGGCUUGAUUGGAACGCCCGGAUGAAGAUAGCUGCUGGUGCAGCCAGGGGGUUGGAGUAUUUGCAUGACCAGAUGAACCCACCUGUUAUAUAUCGAGACUUGAAAUGCUCUAACAUUCUAUUAGAUGAAGAGUUUCAUCCCAAGUUGUCGGAUUUUGGGUUGGCAAAGGUGGGUCCACUUGGAGACAAGACCCAUGUCUCGACCCGAGUGAUGGGCACCUACGGCUACUGUGCUCCCGAUUAUGCAAUGACUGGUCAACUUACCUUCAAAUCGGACAUCUAUAGCUUUGGGGUUGUACUCUUAGAGCUCAUUACUGGAAGAAAAGCAAUUGAUAAUACAAAAUCUGCAGCAGAGCAAAAUCUUGUUACUUGGGCACGACCCUUGUUCAAAGACCGACAUAAAUUCCACAAAAUGGCAGACCCUGUGCUCGAGGGCCAGUAUCCGGUUAGAGGACUCUAUCAAGCUCUAGCCAUAGCUGCAAUGUGCCUCCAAGAACUACCUAACAUGAGACCGCUUGUGGCUGAUGUUGUUACAGCUCUCAACUAUCUUGCUUCCCAAAAGUACGAUCCCUUAACUCACCCUGUUCAGCAUCCUUGGAGGGGUUCUCGUAGAUCAAGAUCCAACAACGAGAACCCGAACCCUGAUCAGGGUGAUGAAUAGUUUUGCCAAACGAAACCACUUUUGCUUGAUAAAAAAGGUGGUCUGGUUGGCUUUCAAAUGCUGCUAAUCUUAAUUAGGUACAUAAUACGCCAGAAGAAAUUUCUCCGUUUCUGGUUUUGUUUUUUCGGGUUUCUUUUCCCCGUGUAAACGAGAACCAUUGUUUUGGUAUGUAAAACGAGAUGGAUACAAUGUGGGAGUCGAAGGGGAGUUUUGUAAAGUGAGGUUUUUUGUUUUUUUCUGUGCGAAAAUGAUCAAACGGUAUGUAACAAAAUUUAGUGCAGAAGAUAUAUAAAAUGUUAUAGUGCCAGAUUUGGCGAUUUUGGUAC